AUGAGUGUCGUCAACGACAGCGGCGUCUAUCUUCCGCCGUCGCCGACUCAGGAGAAGGCCCAGUGGCCGCGCAAGUACCUCGGCGGCAGCGGUGCCGGCGGUCGCCCUUCGACCGACACCAACACCAGGAGCAGCUGCGAUAUUGAACCCUUUUCCAUCUCGCGCGAGUCGUUCGACUCGUACAGGAGAUCAUUUGACAUCUCCGCCCGCUCCCCCAUCACCCACGACUUCCCCACCCGAACGAGCUUCGACUCGGCCAACCUCUGCCGUCUGCCCCGCUCGGCCAUCGACCGCAGCCGCAUGUCGAUGAGGGGAGUUGCCGCCGCCGCCACCGUCGAGGAGGAUUUCGAAGAGGUCGGUCUGGACGACCAGAAGCAGCAGCAGCAGCAGGCCAAGAAGCGUGGAUUCUUCUCGAAGCUGGGCGUCGACAACCAGGAGUCCUCGUCGUCGACCUCGUCAUCGUCGCCUGCUCCCGGUCCCGUGUCGCGCUUCCUCAUGACCGGUCGCAAGCGUGGGCAUAGCGGUCAGGGUGCCGAGCUGGUCUGGACCAGCAACAUCAGCGCAUGA